AUGGAAGGUAUUAAAUUUGAUAAUUUAGCAUUAAGAGUUUUACCAAUUGACCCAAUUCAAGACAACUAUGUUCGAUCUGUUUCUGGAGCAUGUUAUUCUAAAGUCAAACCAACUCCAGUUAAAAAUCCAAAAUUAGUUGCGUACUCGUCUGAUGCACUUAAAUUAAUAGAUAUCGAUGAAGAAGCAGCAAAAAAUGAAAGACAAUUAGCUGAAAUAUUUAGUGGUAAUGUUUUAUUACCAGACAUGGAUCCUGCUGCUCAUUGUUAUUGUGGUCAUCAAUUUGGUUAUUUUAGUGGUCAACUAGGUGAUGGUGAAGUAAUCAAUAAAAAGAAUGAGCGUUGGGAAUUACAAUUAAAAGGUGCAGGAAAAACACCUUAUUCUCGAACAGCUGAUGGUCGUAAAGUUCUUCGAAGUUCAAUUCGAGAAUUUUUAUGUAGUGAAGCCAUGUUCUUUUUGGGCAUACCAACAACACGUUCUGGAACAUGUGUGACUUCUGAUGAUUAUGUUAUACGAGAUAUAUAUUAUGAUGGUAAUCCUAAACAAGAACGAUGUACAAUUAUUACACGUAUAGCUGAAACAUUUAUUCGAUUUGGUUCAUUUGAAAUUUUUAAACCAAUUGAUCCAUUAACUAGUCGAAAAGGACCAUCAGUUGGACGUUAUGAUAUAUUAAAAACUUUACUUAAUUAUGUUAUAUCAACAUUUUACCCUGAAAUCGAAGAAAAAUAUCGUUCAACAGAAGUAGACAAAUAUGCUGCAUUUUUUGAGGAAAUUGUCAAACGAACAGCAUCACUUAUUGCUCAAUGGCAAUGUGUUGGAUGGUGUCACGGAGUAUUAAAUACUGAUAAUAUGUCUAUUGUUGGUGUUACUAUUGAUUAUGGACCAUAUGGAUUUAUGGAUCGUUAUGAUCCUAGUUUUAUUUGUAACGGUUCAGAUGACAGUGGUCGUUAUUCAUAUAAACAACAACCAAACAUUUGUAAAUGGAAUUGUGGAAAAUUAGCUGAAGCAUUAGCACCACUUUUACCAAUAGAAAAAUCAAAAUCAAUUUUCAAUAAAUUUGAUGAAGAAUAUGAACGUGUUUAUAUGAAUAAAAUGCGACAAAAGUUUGGUCUAAUUCAAAAAGAAUUAGAAACAGAUAAAGAAUUAUUUGAUUUAUUUUUAAAUACAAUGGAAAUGACUGGUGCAGAUUUUACGAAUUCAUUUCGGGCACUUUCAUUAAUUCAUUUACCAAAUACAAAAGAUUUUGAACAAUCAAUUCAUUUAUUUAUAUCAACAAUUUUAGAUCAAUGUUGUGAUGCUGAAGAAUGGAAAUUUGUUAAUAAAUCCUCAAUUGAUGAAAGAACGUAUCAAUUACUUACAUCUCUUGCUGGAACAAAUAAUGCAAUAUUAAGUCAAUUUGGAUUUAGUGCCGAAUUACUUGAAAAUGACAAAAGAAAAAGAGAAAAAUCUAAACAAUUAGAAAAAAUGACAAAUGAAUCAAAACGAAAAGAUGAUGAAAAAGUAUGGCGUUCAUUUUUAGAAGUCUACAUAGCAAGAUUAAAAAAAGAAAUCGAUGACGAUGAUGAUCAAUUAAAUAUCAAACGAAUAAAAAUCAUGAAAAAAAAUAAUCCACGACUGGUUCUACGAAAUUAUCUGGCACAACGUGCUAUUGAACAAGCUGACCAAGGUGAUUAUUCUGAAGUACGUAAUCUACUUAAUGAGCUUAAACAUCCAUAUGAAGGUGAUGAUCAAGAUACAAUGGAAUUGCCAAAACCAGAUGAAACAACAAUCGGAGCAGAAGUAUUGCUUCCGACAUCAGACACAAUACAGAAACAUGCAACAGGUGCUUGUCUAAAACCAACAAUUUAUGAAUCGAAAGCACCAUCAAAUGCUUGCCGUAUCCGUGUUACCUGA